AUGGCCGCGCCGCCGCUCCAGCCGGAGGCGGAAGAGGGCAGCAAGGGCGCCGAGGUCUGCCUGUUCGACCAGUCGCAGGAGGAUUUCUCCAGGGCGGUACGCGCCAUCUCGGAGCUCGCCACCGGCGACCCCCAGCCGGGGUUCCCCGACGCCGAAGUAGAAAGGUUCGCCUCCUCAGUAACGUUCCUCAGAGAAUGGAGGCAUUUCUCUUAUGAGCCAAAAGGUGUAAGUUUUGCUUACGGCGCUGGAUCAGCUUCAUCCGCAGAUGACACACCCGAGAUAACCUUACCACAGUUCUCAUCUGCAUCUUUUCCUCAGGUCACACACUUGGAAGAUGGGAGGGAUAAGGAUACAGACAGUUCUGAUUUCAUUUUGUUUGCUGGGGGAAGUGUUUGGUCGCUGGACUGGUGCCCAAAGUUGUGCGACAAGCCUUGUUCUCGUGUAAAUUGUGAGUAUCUUGCUGUUGCUGCUCAUCCUCCUGGUUCUUCUUACCAUAAGCUUGGUAUGCCAUUGAUUGGCAGAGGUAUCAUUCAAGUUUGGUGUCUCGUAGCACCCUUUGAAGAGGCAGAUCCUCAUCAGUCAAUGAUUGCAUACAGUAAGAGCAAUUGUAGAGGAAGGCCUAGAAAAAUACCAGAUGAGAAUAACUCCAUUGAGAGUUCAUCAGUUCCUCGAAAACCGUUAGGGAGACCAAGAAAGAUAAAACUGACAACUACUGAUGAUCACACAGAACCAUGUCUGAAAAAACCAAGGGGGAGACCAAGAAAGAUAGAACCAGCAACUACUGAUGAUCACGAAGAACCAAGUAUGAAAAAACCAAGGGGGAGACCAAGAAAGAUAAAACCUGCAACUGCUGAUGGUUAUGCAGAACCAAGUCUAAGAAAACCAAGGGGGAGACCAAGAAAGAUAAUACCUGCAACAGCUGAUGAUUACGCAGAACCAAGUCUGAGAAAACCAAGGGGGAGACCAAGAAAGAUAAAACCUGCAACUACUGCUGAUCAUGCAGAACCAAGUCUGAAAAAACCAAGGAGCAGACCAAGGAAAACCAAGUGCAAUGUCCAUUUGAGUGCUGCAUCAUUUGAUGCCACAUCAUUAGCACUUGGCUUGUGCAAUGCAAAUUACAAGGAAGAAUCAAGUGCCCAACAUAGAAACAAGCCUGUUUCCACAGAGUGUAGUUCUUCAACCACAUCCAGUGGCAAAGAACAAAACAAUCAGCCAACUCCCAAGCCAAGUGACAAUGUGCUCUCAGUUGAAAAGUGCAAGAAAGAAUUACUUGUCUACACCAGAAGGCGUGUACGACCUCCUACAAAGAAAUCUGCUCCGAAUGAGACUUGCUCACUGUCUCUUAGUAGUGACGUACAGAAGAUGGAGACAUCCUAUACAUCCAUCAUGCCAAAUAAUCAUUUGUCUUCUGUUGAGAAUCCCAAACUAUUGGGUUCAUCUAUGAGUGAAGACAUGGCUAAUGAGGCUGGUUUGGUGGGUCGUAAGAGCACAGUUAUUAACCGUGAGCUCAUGGAAAUGAAUGAUGGUGAGGCUGCCAAUCAAGUUGGCCAUGCUCCUUUUGAAGAUAGUGCCCAGAUGAUUGUUGAAGUGGAAAAUACAGAAGUAGCUCAAAUAAAAAAUUCAAGUAAAAAUGAUAAUAUAAUUACUUGUGCAGAAAACCCAAACCUUUCUGCAAUCCCCAAGGGCAUUCAUCUACCAAGGGUCGUCUUGUGUUUAGCUCAUAACGGAAAAGUUGCUUGGGACAUCAAAUGGAAGCCUCCUUUACCAAAUCAGUCAGAACAGAAAUCACGUUUGGGUUUUCUUGCAGUACUGUUGGGAAAUGGCUCACUGGAAGUAUGGGAAGUUCCAUCUCCAAGCAUAAUCCAGAAGAUAUAUUCAUCUUCUUUAAUGAAGGGUACCGACCCUCGCUUUCUAAAGCUGCGGCCUGUAUUUAGGUGUGCUAAAGUGAAGUGCGGGAACAUACAGAGCAUUCCCUUGACAGUUGAUUGGUCGCCUUCUCCUCAUGAUAUGAUACUGGCAGGAUGUCAUGAUGGAACGGUUGCUUUAUGGAAGUUCUCUAUAGACUUGCCAGCACAAGAUUCAAAACCUUUUAUGUGUGUCACUGCUGAAUCUGUUCCCAUCAGAGCCCUCUCCUGGGCACCAUAUGUAAGUGAGGAAGAGACAAACACCUUUGUCACUGCUGGAGAGGAUGGCCUAAAAUUCUGGGAUUUAAGAGAUCCAUACCGUCCUCUGUGGGAACUAACUACUGCCCCAAGGGCUGUUUUAAGUCUUCAUUGGUUAAAGGAUGCAAGAGGUAUUGUCAUCUCAUUGGAAGAUGGUACAUUGAAGUUCCUCAGCUUGCCUAAAAUAGCCAAUGAUGUACCUGUCACCGGAAGGCCAUUCGCUGGGAGUAAAACUCAGGGCGUUCAUACUUAUCAAUUAUCAGAAUAUUUGAUAUGGGACGUCCAUGUCUCAGAAAUUACUGGUCAAGCAGCUUAUUGCGUGGUAGAUGGUACUGCUGUGCGCUUCCAGCUGACUAAGAGAUUCUGGGAGAAGAAACCUGGGAGGAACCGUGUACCUUAUUUCCUCUGUGGUUCACUGGCAGAGGAGGGGACAGUCAUUAAGAUCGGUGGCACGCCGCAAAGCUCUCCUUUAUCGAAUGUUCCUCUGGUCACGAAAAAGGGUCCAGAAUCAUGCCAAGAUGUAGAUCAAACAGACGAGAUGCGGAAAGAGGAACUAAGAACUCUCACUAACUCGGAGCAUGUAGAUCCAGAACUCGGAGAUGGUGAACUAGAUGAAGGCCGAGAAAGUGGUGCUCUAGUUUUAGCUGAUGCUCUAACGCAAGAGGAGAAUGAUGGCAUGCACAACGGCCCAGUUGAUGAAAACGCUAAAGACGACUUCGAGGUCUUCCCUCCCAAAUCUGUAGCGCUGCAUCGGUUGAGAUGGAACACAAACAGAGGCAGCGAGAGAUGGUUAUGCUAUGGAGGCGCCGCAGGCAUUAUUCGUUGUCAGAGGAUCUAA